AUGUUGAAGAAAUUCCCAACACCUGUGUUGAAGCCAUACUGGCCUUUCUUUGUAGGCGGGGCCGUCAUGUACUACACCUUUGGCAAGGUUGCGAACCUGUCUGCUAACUCUGAAGAGUUUAUCAACGAUCCAAGGAACCCGAGGUUUGCCCGCGGCGAAAAACCCGUCGAGUUGAAGUGA